UGAGAAGACAACAAACACAGUGCGAUCAAAAACCUUUGCAAUCAAGAUUUUGAUCACAUCAGUAAUAAUGGAGGAUACGAUCUCAAACCCUAGCAUGGAACCUCUCUUAUUCUCCGUCGAUCCAAUCUCUCUUUUACUCUCUCAAAACAACAAUCUCUGCGGACUCGAGAGAGGACCUAGGUACAGAGAAUACGCUACACUGCGUGAAUCAAAGCUACGACUUAACCGAGAGUACGAGAAGAUACUCAAGGAAGAAGAAGAGAGGUUCUUCAGAGGCGGAGAGAAGAAGAAACAAACGAGAUUCAGUUUCACAAGAGAAAAUGAAAUUAGGGUUUCGAAGAACCCUAAUCCUCGGAGACUAUCUUCGUUGGCUCAAGCUGUUCCUGAUUUCUUGAUCCGCAAGGAAAAUCGCCAGCCAUCGAAUAUGCUUCUACGGAGAGGGGAUGUCACUCCUCCGCCGUCUAAGGGCAUAACGGACAUAAGAGGAAGCGCAUCGGUGAGUGCGGGAGAGAAGAAUGUGCGUAAGAGCUACGCCACUGUUGAAGAUCUGAAGAAAAUUUCCAUGGCGGCAGCUUUAGCUAUUACUUGCGGUGGAAGGAAAUCACUUGGCGGCGGAGGGAGGAGGAAAUCAGUCUGCGGUGGUGGUGGUGGGACUAUUCUUGGUUACAGACAGAGUUAAUGUCUCAAUCCUACAAUUUUCUUUUGUUUUUAGGUUUUGAUCUUUAGAU